CGACAGGCUCGCGCUAGCCAUUGCGAAUCGCGUUCGCCAAUGCGAUAGUGUUCUCCUCUAUCGUUCGACGAUAUCUCGGCCGGCCGAGGGAAAAGAGGAACGAGCCGUUCUCCUUUUACUUUCGAUAGAAUUUGCCCGAGACCUUGAACGAGCCAGCGAUUUCGUCAUAAUUAUACCUCGGGCUGGCUUAUUUUUCGUCGUCGCUCCGACCGAUAAUAUUUCGCCGUGAUCGCGCAUAGAAAACGUUCGAGUUUCUCUCGUUUCGGUAAAGAGAGAGAGAAAGAGAGGGAGAGAAAGUACCGAUAGGAGAAGAAAAUAGGCGAUUCGACCUAGAGAAGAAGAGCCGAUGUUUGGACCAAGUCGGAAAAAAUAUCGGGUGCGAACGAGGGACAGUUUCGUUGCAAGUUCAAGGCUGAAGCCCUGAGAAGUUUUGCGAUCGGCAAACUGGAGUCAUUGAAUGCGGACAAACUGGGUGUCGAGAGUGCGUGCUCGCCUGGAUGAAAUUGCACCGAAUGACUGGAUGAUUGGAAGAAACGUAGACGGGUGAGCGUCACGAUAGACAGGUAGCUCGAAAGAGAGGAAAGAGGUUUUUAAAGCGCGGAGAAAUUGGACGUCUCUGUAUCGGAUUCGCUUACUGCAGGCUUUAACUGUCACCUGAUCUAUCGCGGCCGGACGAAAUUCGACAGAAGCCACAAAAGAUGGCCUUUGUGUGGUAUAUAGGGAUUAUCACAAUUCUAGUUGCAGAUAAGGCAUGGGCAGAUUUUAAGGUAUCAAAUCAAGAUUUAAUAGUUCACGUAGAUAGUCAAGAAUCAUUUGAGUUGUACCUGACGAAAAGCUUAUCUGAAGAUGUAUCAGUGACGAUAGAAGUGCAACAUCCAGAUUUAGUUUCUGUUAACACAUCCAGUAUCUAUAUUACUAAAAACGAUACAAAGAAGAAAUGGGAUAUUCUUAUAAAUGGUCGCAGUGCAGGACACUCGAUUAUUAGUCUUAAUGUCACGCCUAACAAUGUUACAGAUUACUCCCAAGCAUUUGUUAGAGUGACUAUUGAAAAAUCAGAUACACUUUACCACAUAAGUACCGUAGUAGGAUGGAUAUACUUUCUAGCAUGGAGUGUAAGCUUCUAUCCACAGAUAUACAGUAAUUACAAACGCAAAAGUGUCGUAGGAUUAAAUUUCGAUUAUUUGUCAUUGAAUUUGGUUGGCUUUAUUCUGUAUGCACUUUUCAACUGUGGCUUGUAUUGGAUACCAGAAGUUGAGCUGGAGUAUUUUAGAAGAUAUCCAAAAGGUUUAAACCCUGUACAAGUGAAUGAUAUUUUCUUCGCUUUGCACGCAACAUUUGCGACUGUGAUAACUAUUAUUCAGUGCUUUAUAUAUGAGGCAGGAAAUCAAAGAGUAUCUACCACAGCACGUAUUAUUCACGGAAUAUUUGUAGUCUUUAUUUUAAUUUCUAUGAUAUUAGCUAUAGUGACAACGAUAAAAUGGCUUGACUUUCUGUAUUAUUGUAGUUAUGUUAAAUUGAGUAUAACAUUAAUUAAAUACGUUCCACAAGCAUUUUAUAACUACAAAAGAAAAUCCACCGUUGGUUGGAGUAUUGGCAAUAUAUUUUUAGACUUUACGGGUGGUAUGUUGUCAAUGCUACAGAUGAUACUUAAUGCAUACAAUUAUGAUGAUUGGGAAAGUAUUUUCGGAGAUCCCACGAAAUUUGGUUUGGGAUUUUUCUCAGUUGCAUUUGAUAUAUUUUUCAUUAUACAACACUAUGUACUAUACAGGGAUCAUAAAGAAUAUGUUAGAAUACCUGGUAACAAUUACGAAAAUUCGGAAGAAAAUCCAUUAAUCUGUGAUUCAAAUAGCAAAAACGACGCUGACAUUGCUACCGAUCCCAUGACGACAUGAUCCCAUCUAUUUGCAUACGUUAUUUAAAAUUUUAUUCUUACCAAGUAAUGUGCAGUAUAUCCAUCGAUGAAAAUUACGAAGCCAUGCAAUUAUACAACAAAAUGUAUACACGUGUGUAAUAUCACUCGCGAAAUCAAAUAA